AUGAUGGCUCGCCGCAAAGCUUCGUCGCCUCCAUCGGGAGAAUCCGCCCCACGACGCCGUCGCCUUCUCCGUGGAGUUCGUCCUCGUUCAUCAUCCUCUGAAGACGAUGUCGUUUUCACACCUGCGCCCCGCUCGGUUUCGCCGGAAUGGGAGGGAUUUCCAUCCUCUCCUGCUUCGGCGGAGCCGGACGGAGUCGAAUCGCCCUCUCCGGACGUGUCUGGUAAGUCCGGUGCGUUUAUGUAA